UCCACCGCUGCCGCCUCCUUCUUCUGUCGCUCCUGGUGCUGCUUGUGUGCGCCUUCAGUGGGGACCCGGUGCCUCUUUUGUGGAGCGGCAGCUGAGGAGACUCCUGCGCUCGCCAUGGCCGACGAGAAACCCAAGGAAGGAGUCAAGACUGAGAACAACGAUCAUAUUAAUUUGAAGGUUGCGGGUCAGGAUGGUUCUGUGGUGCAGUUUAAGCUUAAGAGGCAUACACCACUUAGUAAACUAAUGAAAACCUAUUGUGAACGACAGGGUUUGUCAAUGAGGCAGAUCAGAUUCCAGUUUGAUGGGCAACCAAUCAAUAAAACAGAUACACCUGCACAGUUGGAAAUGGAGGAUGAAGAUACGAUUGAUGUGUUCCAGCAGCAGACAGGAGGUGUCUACUAAAAAGGGAACCUGCUACUUUACUCCAGAAUUUUGUUAUAGACCAAGAAUACAUUCGCAAUUAGAAUUC